CAGAGAAUGAGCCCCGGGCAGGGGUCGGAGCGCAGCUUUCAUUCCCCCUGCUCUUUCCACGAGCCCCUUUUGUCCCGCGAAAGGGUUAAUGGUUUGUCCAAAAACGGACCCGGCGCAUAAACUGUUGGGCUGAUCUCGUCCCCUCCCUCCCCCAUAGGACUGAGUGUGUCUGAGCUCCCCCCCCUAUUGGGCUGCUGGGGGGGCCACGCUCACUCCCCGUGUCUGCGCCACUCGCAAGUGAAGGAAACUUUGCCCCAGUCCGGAUCAAUCCCAGGGAGACAGUCCGGCUACAGGAUCUAUCUGCGGCUCCGCUAGGGUCCCGGCAGCCCCCCGGCCCUCUGCCCCCAUGUAGCGCUCCUCCAGCACUUUGGCUCAGAGCUCAGAGGACCAUGAGUGACAGGAGGAGAUCCGCAGUCACCCUCAGCUCCAGGGCCCAUGCCUUCUCUGUAGAGGCGCUCAUAGGGGCCAACAAGAAGAGGAAGCUCCGCGAGUGGGACGAGAAAGGUUUGGAUUUGUCUAUGGAAAGUCUCAGCCCUCACGGGGACCUGGAGGAAGGAGACGACUCGGGGCCCUGCCUGGACCUCAACCCUGAUUCUGAGCACAGCACCAGUUCUGACACGGAAGCUCUAGCCGAGCGGACCUCUUGCUCCUAUGAAUCAUGCCCGGACUUGGCUCCCUCCAGGGUCCCAGACCCCCAACCUCUCUCUGUGUCCUGUAUGGAAGAGAUCCAGGUGGAGCUGCAGUGCGCUGACCUCUGGAAAAGGUUCCACGACAUCGGCACUGAGAUGAUCAUCACUAAGGCAGGCAGGAGAAUGUUCCCAGCCAUGAGGGUGAAGAUCUCAGGCCUUGAUCCCCACCAACAAUAUUACAUUGCAAUGGACAUCGUUCCUGUGGACAACAAGAGAUACAGGUACGUCUACCAUAGCUCCAAAUGGAUGGUUGCUGGAAAUGCUGACUCCCCGGUGCUACCCCGUGUCUAUGUCCAUCCGGAUUCUCUGGCUUCUGGGGACACUUGGAUGAGGCAGGUGGUCAGUUUUGAUAAACUGAAACUCACCAACAAUGAGCUGGAUGACCAGGGCCAUAUUAUCUUGCACUCUAUGCACAAGUAUCAGCCACGAGUCCACGUCAUUCGCAAGGACUUCAGCAGCGACUUGUCCUCCACAAAGCCCAUCCCAACCGGAGAGGGAGUCAAGAUGUUCAGCUUCCCCGAAACCGUAUUCACCACAGUGACCGCCUAUCAGAACCAGCAGAUUACUCGGCUGAAGAUUGACAGGAACCCGUUUGCCAAAGGAUUCCGAGACUCUGGGAGGAACCGGACCGGCCUGGAGGCCAUCAUGGAGACGUAUGCGUUCUGGAGGCCACCGGUCCGUACCCUUACCUUUGAAGAUUUUACAACCAUGCAAAAGCAGCAAGGAGGAAGCACUGGGACAUCUCCUACAACCUCCAGCACUGGGACACCAUCACCUUCAGCUUCCUCCCACCUUCUGUCCCCCUCAUGCUCCCCGCCCUCCUUCCACCUAACCCCUAACUCUUUCAAUGUUGGCUGCCGGGAGAAUCAGCUCUGCAACCUCAAUCUUUCUGAGUAUCCAGCUUGUGCCCGGAGCAACAUGGCAGCACUGCAGAGCUACGCAGGCCUCAGUGACAAUGGAUAUAACCGGCUUCAGAGUGGAAACUCCUCUGGGCCCCAAGCUCCGGAGACCUAUAUGCAACAGAGGACUUCGUCAUUGAUCUCUGGGAUGCCAACGCCAUCUUCCUUGCCCAGCAACAGCAAGAUGGAUACAUACAGUGGCCAGCUGGGGUCAUAUCCAACUUCACAGUUUCAGUAUGUGAUGCAAGCAGGAAACCCCUCCUCCGGCUCAUCAUCUUCACACAUGUUUGGGGGCGGCCAUAUGCAGCAGGGCUCCUACAAUGCCUUUUCUCUUCACAAUCCCUACAAUCUCUAUGGAUACAAUUUCCCGCCCUCUCCCCGCUUGGCAGCAAGCCCAGAGAAACUGACAGCACCUCAAGGCACUUUACUCUGCUCCUCUCCAUCUAAUGUUCCAUUUGGGGACAGGCAGUACCUUUCUACAGGGAUGGAUGCAAUGCACAUGAUUGGCAGCCCUUCAGCCAAUCAACAGGCAGCAAAUGCCUGUGACAGCAGACAGUAUGGAUCAGUCCCAGGCUCAUCAUCACAAAUGUCUGUGCAUAUGGUCUGAAUGGGGUCAUGUAACAUGGGAAACAAAGUGCCUUCAUGAACACAACAGUUUGAAAGCUCCAAGCAGGGAAGUCUUGACUUUUCUCCUGGAUAAUAAAAUAUGGUAUUGUAGACCUGGAUUGCACUGCUCAGAAUAUUUACCACUUAGACCGGUCAUUGGUCUCAACGUCAGCACUUGUUCUAGUCAAUAUGUCACAUAAUCACCUGACAUUUAUCCUUUAACACUGGUGGUUUGAUGUACUGCCUCUGGGGCUUAUUUAUUCACCCAUAACAUUACAUUGCUCUAACGCUUCCCCUAGAUUCCAUCAUCUGUCUGAUUAAUGGGCCCUCCACUGAAUUGAACCCACUAAGAUGAACAUCCCUCCAGUGGGAAUGCUACAAGACCCACAUACGUUGGCAUCACUGUUGGGUCGCUAAUGGUCAGUAGAAGUGCGCUGCGUGGAUCAUUAUUGGAUUUACAGGCACAGCUGCAUCCACUGCAUCCACUAAAGAUACUUCUCGGAACAAAACCUCUUUUUGGAGUUUUCAUGGUUUUACAGUUGUGCCGGCCUUGUGACUCCUCACAGAUGGACAUCUGCUGGGGAAGGUGGGGUAGAGAUUAGACAACAUGGGUCAGUGAGGGAUGAUGCAUCAACUUCUAUGAACUGCUCCAAUGAACUGAAGCAAAGGUGCAUAGUAAAUGUUUGGACAGGUUUCAUGCAUGACACACAUUGUAGCACCAUUAAAAGCACAGGGGAGGCCCUUUCUGCAGAGCUGAGAUGCAUAGAAAUCCUGCAGAUGCAGUGAGAGGCUGCACUUGGGUUGGGUAUCAGUGUAGUAGUGUAAUACUAAAAUCAUACACAGUGGCACACAGGUAUUCCUCCAGCUGUUGUAGAACUAUAUCUUCCCUCGUCCUCCUACUGGGUGAGUUCAUGGAGCACUGGCCUUGCCAUUUAGCAACGUGUUCUCCCAUAUCUAUCUGAGUCCUAGGUUUUCAGGAAAGUGAACCAACAACCUUAGCCAUUUCCUGCUCUACUAUGUUUAUCUGUGCCUUAACCACUUAGUCUUUGUUUGUUUUAUCCAUUCAGGGAUUAAGGUUCCAACUGUGCCUUAGUAAUUUUGCAUUAUGCUAUCACUAUUGGUGCCUUAGCCACAAUGCAACAAUGUUCUCCCUCAAUCGGUAUCUGUGCCUUAGAUAUUUAGAAACAUAUAGUCUUCUAUUCCUAAAGGAAUAUAUUCCCCCCCAUCUAUGUCUUCUAUGUCUUCUCAAUUUCUUAAAGUGUAACCCCCCAAAUCAACCAUUCUGGAAAGCACAUUAGAGCCCUGGGUAGCACUGGAACUAUAGCCCCAAAUGUUUCUAUAUGUCUGUAACCUUGUUAUGAGCUAAGGGGGCCCAGCCUGAAGGCCAGUUAGGGGGAGAUUCGGGGUUUGUGCUUAUUUGUGCCCUGGGUACCCCUGGAACUAUAGCAGGGUGACUGUUACCCCAAUGUUUCAAUAUAUCUGUUACCUUGUUAUAAACUAAGGGGGCCUAACCUGAAGGCCAGUCGGGGGGAAAUUUGGGGUUUGUGCUUAUUUGUGCCCUGGGUACCCCUGGAACUAUAGCAGGGUGACUGUUACCCCAAUGUUUCUAUGUAUCUGUUACCUUGUUAUGAGCUAAGGGAGCCCAGUUAGGGGGAGAUUUGAGUGCUUAAUUGUGCCCUGGUUACCCCUGGAACUAUAGCAGGGUGACUGUUACAAUCAGUGACACCAUGGCUUCUGUCUCUGGGCCCCCUGCGGACCCUGAGGGCUGCUGCCUCAGGGCCUCCCGUCCGGUAACCCUCCCCUCUCCCCCUCCUCUCCGUUUGUGCACUUGCGCAUGCACGUCAGUGUAUGCACUGUUUGGUUGCAGCAAAAAACUACGUGCGCUGAUUUACAUGCACACUUGUGCACACAAGGGGUGGCGAGGUUGUCGGAAUUGAGGCCCUGAGUCAGUAGCCCUCAUGGUCCGGAAGUGGGGCUCUGAGACAGAAGCCGGGAAGAAAUCCAGGUUGCGGAUCUGGGCCGGCGGGGCCCACUAGAGCCGGGGGCCCAUCUGUUUUUUUCCCGGUGUCCCGGUGGCCCAGUCUGACCCUGGUUAAAAUGCUUUUGAUAGCUGUGUAAUCUAGUUAUGAUCUGAGUGUAUAUGGGGGAAAUAUUCAAAUAAAGGAAGACAAAGGAGAGUGCUGGUUGGACAGGAAAUAUCUUUUAAGACUCUACACAAGAGCAAACAUGAUGUUUUGUAUAAAUAGAUAUGAUUUUGUUUUUAUAGAACUGAUAACCAGUCAGAUGUUAGCCCAUAUCAGUAUACACAUAACAAAAUACCAAUACCAAACCAACUGAAAAAACGUGCAGCAAACGGAGUGAUCCCAACUUUAUUGCUUGGUGCUUAGAACACUUAACCAGGAUCAAAUGCUUCAGGACCCAAAGGCAGUAGUGGACUACCAGGCAGUAGUGUCCUGCAGCAGUCCAACGUCCGUCAUUUUAAAUUGGCAGAAACCUGCAAUCUCAUUGGAUGCCUAAAGGGAUACUUUAAUCUGAAAAGAUUUUAUUAACUGAAAACAGCGUGUAAUUUUCUGUUAGAAUAUUGAUUUCGAUUCGUUUUUAGAUCUAACCACUAGAGGAACAGAUACUGUAUCAUUCUAGUAAUUUAUGUCUCUUUUCAUUGGGUAUUUGGUACAUUGUCCUGGUUGCUCAGGUUGUGAGUCGGGACAUGUUGGAGUCUUUACAAGCUCAGUCCAAUUGUGGGACAUCUUUCUGUUUGACUCUUGUACCUUUUCUAAAAGCAUCUAAGGCUCGUGAAGAGGACAAUAGAACCAUCUAGAGGAAUAUUUGAACUCCACAAUACAUAGAAUGUCCAUACUCACAAAACAUCACUCACCAGUGGUAGAAAUCUGAAACAGAAGAUGGGUACAUAAGACUGCAGUUGAGUCAUACAAUGUUAUGAUGCCACUGUGGCUGCUGUACAAGAGACAUUUAGUUGUUGCUACUGACCUUCUCCUAUCAACUUCCUUCAUAGCCCCUUUUACUUCUAGUGGCCCUUUUCACUCAAUUCUAGUCAAGUAUGUCUGGCUAAUUCAUUUCCCUUGCUGCAAGGAUACCGACCCCAUACCACUUGUUCUCAUUAUCCUGGGACUUACCUCUAGACAUUCAUUCCAUUGACCUACAAUGCUGCCCAAGAUUUUCCAAGGUGUAGGCUAAUUUCCCCUACGUUUGAGGGGAUUCAUAAAAAUGAUGUUAUACAAAGAAGUCUAUGGAGAUCUUGGGAAAACUGGGGGCCAAUGGACCCUUUACUAGAGAAUGAGAAUCACUGUGUAGCCAUCAAGACGAUCUCAAGAAGAAUGUCUGAUAUGUCAGCAGAUUGGGGUAUAUGAUUUUGUACACUAUAAAGAGUGCCUACCAACUGAUGAACAGCUGAGUAGAAUACAUGAUAGGUUGACAUGGACAAAUAAUAUCUGUCUCCCUAUGGCAAAAAGAUAUAAUUCCUAGAUGGUGUGGGAUGCAAUGUCUGUCUGUCCUUACAGGUUGAAUUCUCAGUCAAUGCUUUCAAUAGUAAUUAUAUUUUCCAAUAAAAAUAGCGAAUUCAUUAGGUUGCUUAGAAUGACAUAUGCUUUUUCGGCACCUAGGUGCUUACGCCCUUUAAAAAAGGCCGAUACUGUAUGAUAGUGCAAUAAGUUCACUGAUAGCAUUUGCUACUCAUCAAAGAAAAUGCUGUUUGUUUAUGGAUUAAUAAAAAGUGCUAAAAAUUAGGAUUCUGUUAAUAUUGUGCCUGAAGCAUUGAGCCACCACAGCCAAGAGCAGAUGGUUCCACGGACCAGGCCGUUCAGUCUUGUGACUCAGUGGAAAGAGCAUCGAUAUCAGCCGUGCGAUUAAUUUCAUGGAAUAGUUUCAUCGUUAGCUCAUCGCUUUUCCUUCAGUUGCGCCGCUUCAUUAAAAACAGCAGUAUCUCGUUAUUCUGAUCCCAAUUACACUUAUCUGACUCUCCGAGCUCUUAGUGGGGACCCCAGCCAAUCUAAUCUCAAUUGCAGGCCCUGACAAGCAGCUCCUGCUCUUAUGAAUAACAUGAAAAAUAAUUGAAAUUGUGUGAAAAUGCAAAUGAUGGUAAAAAGCUAUUUGUGUUUGGAUGUGUUGUAGAUAAGUGUAUUUAAGUGCAUAGAGAGGGUUCCAGACCCUGGAGCUCAGCAAUCAGCUAUUAAAUAUACAUAUUAUGUAUAAAUAUUUCUGCUCUGCACUCUGUUUAUAAGUGCCAAGCACAAGCAGGUGCCCAAUAAAUAUUCUUGCUCCUU